CAUGGCUGGCUCCUGUGGUCCACAGUUUGCUGUCCCAUCGAUUGCCUCCACCCCAAGAGUUGGGUUUGGAUCUGCUGGGCUUGGCUGUGGAGGUCUAGGCUAUGGAUAUGGUGGUCUUGGCUUAGCUCAUGGAGGUCUAGGUUACGGAUAUGGAGGUCUUGGCUUAGCUCACGGUUAUGGUCUCGGCUAUGGCUAUGGUCCUGCUGUGGCUGAAACUUCUGGCAGCCUCGGCACUCUGGCUGGAGUCAGCCCUUCCUGCAUCAACCAGAUCCCACCAGCAGAAGUCGUGAUCCAGCCACCCCCCUCCGUCGUGACCCUCCCAGGACCCAUCCUCUCUGCCACCGGUGAACCAGUCUCUGUGGGAGGCAACGCCCCAUGUGCCAUUAGCGGUACUGGGGUGGCAGGAGCAGGCUACUAUGGGGGGCAAGGGGGCCUUUAUGGAGGUUCCUGUUUAGGCUUCAACCGCGGUUCAUUCCUUGGAAGAAAGUUUCUAACUGGACGUCGUGGCAGCAUCUGUCAUUGAACCUGAGGAGAAUCUAU